AUGGACCCCGAACCUGACGCUGUCCUGGUGGACUCCAACCCCGACGGAGUUACCGUUAUCACCAUCAACAGACCUCACCGACGCAAUGCCGUUGACCCUGCCACGAGCAGAAAACUGUACACAGCAAUCAUCAAUUUCGACGAUGACCCGGCGCAGAAAGUAGCCAUUCUGACCGGCUCGAACGGGUGUUUCUGUGCUGGCGCCGACCUCCACGAGGUUGCCGCCAUGAAUAAACUGAGCCCAGCAGCCCGAGGGGCGACCCAAGUGGACAACCCGGACAGCACGACUGACCGCAUCAAGCCCCCUACCGGCCCACGCACAAGAGGCCCCAUGGGCCCAUCGCGACUGCUCCUCCAGAAGCCGCUCAUCUGCGCCGUCGCGGGCCACGCCGUAGCCGGGGGUCUCGAGCUCAGCCUGCUGGGCGACAUGCGCGUGAUCGAGGAGGACGCCGUGCUGGGCGUCUUCUGUCGGCGCUGGGGCGUGCCGCUGAUCGACGGGGGCACGGUGCGCCUGCCUGCCAUUGUCGGGCUCGGCCGGGCGCUCGACCUGAUCCUCACGGGCCGCCCCGUCGGCGCGCAGGAGGCGCUCGCCAUGGGCCUGGCAAACCGCGUAGUGCCGAAAGGACAAGCGCUGGCCGAGGCCAAGAAGAUUGCCCAGCAGCUGGUGGCGUUCCCACAGGCGUGCAUGAGGGCCGAUCGCGCGUCGGCGUACCAUGCCGCGUUCGACGCGAGGUCGUUUGGGGACGCGAUCAGCAACGAAUGGGACAAAGGCUUCCCCGUGGUCGAGCUCGAGGGCGUGCAGGGAGCUGCUGGGUUCAGCAAGGGAGCUGGGCGACACGGCGACUUUUCAUCAUUUGGCAAAGGCAAACUUUAG